AAGAAAAAAGGGGAAGAAGAGAGCGAGCGCUGGUUGAGUCUGCCAUUUUCCAGACAAAAAAAAAAAGAUACUACAAGUUCAGUGCUUUGCUGAAAUUCCCAUUUCAUUUACUAUUUAAUACUUUCCAAAAUAAGGGUUUCACUAACUUUUCUUUUUUGCGUAUUCGUAUUUCCGUUUUAGGGAGACCAAGAUAUGUUUAUUAGAAGAAUUUGGAAUGCUAAUACUGAAACAAACCUAAACUUGGUGCGGCAAAUGAGAAGAACAUUCUCAGUUUCAAGUCAAAGUGCAGUUGAUUUGGCUUCAAAAGAUGCAGAACUCAGGGUCUUCAUUGUUGCCGGCGAGGUUUCUGGUGAUACAAUUGGUUCCCGUGUCAUGAGUUCUCUAAAAAAGCUUUCUCCUUUGCCUGUCCGUUUUGCUGGCGUUGGAGGGAAGAUGAUGUGUAAGCAAGGGUUGAAUACUCUGUUCCCAAUAGAGGAUAUUGCAGUAAUGGGCAUUUGGGAGUUGCUGCCAUAUCUUAAUCAAUUUAGAGUUAGGCUGAAACAAACUAUAGAAGCAGCUCUUUCUUUUAGGCCUCAUGUCGUACUCACUGUAGACUCUAAAGGAUUCUCCUUCCGUUUCUUAAAGCAUUUGAGGGCUACAUGUGUUCAGCAGGGAAUGUUUAGCCCUUUGCAGUUCCAUUAUGUAUCACCGUCAUUUUGGGCUUGGAAAGGUGGUGAAGCAAGACUAAAAGGACUUCUUCAGUUUGUGGAUCAUGUGUUAUGCAUUCUUCCGUUUGAGGCAGAAGUCUGUAGAUCAAACGGCCUAGCAGCAACCUUUGUUGGUCAUCCCACCCUUGAAGAUAUUUCGGACUUCCAGGUGAAGGAUGCCAUAGAAAGAAGAUACAGAAUUAAAGGAAAUGCUGAAGCAUUUCUAACUGAUCAUGGAAUAUCAUCAGGAUCCCCAGUCAUUUCCUUGCUUCCUGGAAGUAGAUUACAGGAGGUUACUCGAAUGUUCCCCAUAUUCUCAAGCACUUUGGAACAUUUGAAAGGUUCAUUUCCGGACUUGGUAACAGCAGUUCAUGUGGCACCUAAUCAACAUGUGGAAGGCUACAUUGAUAAAGCUGUUUGUAAGUGGCCAUCAUCUGUUGUAUUGGUUCCUGGAGGAUCACACCAGAUGAAAUACAAUUCAUUUAGUGCAAGCAGUGUAGCACUAUGUACUUCUGGUACAGUUGCGAUGGAAGUGCAGCUUGCAAGACUGCCAUGUGUUGUUGCGUAUCGAGCCCAUCUCCUGACAGAAUUAGUUAUACGAUACAAAGCUAUUAUACCAUACAUCUCUCUUCCUAAUAUUCUUUUGGAUUCAGCUAUAAUCCCUGAAGCUCUAUUUCAAGAUUGCACUCCUUCAAAAUUGGCAUCAUUACUCAAGGAUUUAAUACUUGAUGACAACCUUCGAGAAAAACAAAUUAAUGCUGCUGAAGAGGUUAUUGAGCUGCUAAGACCUCCAAAGAUGAACAUUAGUUGCUCAACCCAGGGGGAGACGAGCGGUCCACUUUCUGAUUGUACACCAAGUAUGGUUGCAGCAUAUGCAAUAUUGUAUUCUCGGAAUAAGCUGGAAUAAUGUGAUUCGUGAAAAUUCAAGCAGUCGCUGUGAGCAAAGUUGAGAUAAGAUGCAGCUAGAGAGUUUUGAAGAAAAUUUGUUUGGAAGUCAGCAACUGUAUAGCAGUUGGAUAAUUUCUAUUCAUUUUGUUAGUUGAUUUCCAUAUUUAGUUUCACUUGCAUAGAGCUUCAACCUAUAAGAAGCUCAAGUUAUAUCUGCAAGCUGUGUAAAAUAGUUAAUGAAAAAUUUUCCCCUCUCGUGGAAA